AUGUCCGCCGACGCCUCUUCCUCUUCUGCACCGGGCGGUGACGCCGCACCAGCGGAACAGUCCCACCCUUACACGCUCGAAACCCUCAAAGCGCACAAUACGAGGGCGGAUCUGUGGAUGUUGUUGCAUGGCAAGGUGUAUAAUGUGACCAAGUUCCUGGAUGAGCACCCCGGAGGAGAUGAAGUGAUGGUCGAAGAAGCCGGCCGAGACGCGACAGAAGCCUUUGAGGACGUCGGACACUCUGACGAAGCCCGCGAGAUGUUGCCCAAGAUGUACCUCGGGGAGUUUCACGGCGAGACAAAGGAGAAGAAGGUGAAGCGAGCGACGGCGACUGGGGCGGCAUCAUCAUCUGGCGGUGGUCUGACAUACCUUGUUCCGUUCCUUGCGAUCAUUGCGGCGUACUUUGGCUGGAGGCUGUUCCUCGCUUAA